CGAUUCCCGAAGGCGAUUGGUCGCGGGAGGAGGGGCGGGCCGGAGGAGCGAGUCCCGCCGCGGGGCCUGCAGGAAUCGCUGGCUCCGGCUGCCACCUAGCGGACGGGAGCCGCGCCUGGGAGGCGCACAGCCGGGUCCCUCCUCCCCUCCCUGCAGGCAGCCUGUGCCUUUUCUCCAAACGGAGACAGCACUUUGAAAAUUCUUUCAAUGGAUUUUUUUCCUUGAAAGAUCGUACUGGGGGAAAAUGAUACUUCUAUUAGUUACAUAUUCUCCAAUCGCACACUCGCACCCCCCUCGUUUUGAGAUCGCUCCCCUAGGCAGGCUCAGGCGGGCGCGGAGCGGCGCGGAGUGACAAAGCCGCCACCGCCGCCGCCGGGGGUGGGAGCCACGCUCGCCCGCCCGCCCCUCGACUCGGGAGAGCGUAAAAGUUUGUCUCAGCUCCAGCAUCCCCAGCCUCAACAUGCCCUCAGGUAAAGGUGGGAGUAAAUGGCCACGCUGUAUUGACAGAGGUAGGGUUUGUUUUUUAAUACUACUCCUUCUCACUUUAAAUUUCACCAGGGAGGGGUUUGGGAAGCGCUGCGUGUUUGGGGUGCGUUUUGCGCUUCCCGGUCUCUCCAGCCUGCAAGUCGGGAGUCGGCGACCGCUUAGUGACGAGCGACGAUUUUAAAGAGAAUAAAGGCUUUUCCGUGCCUGCCCCACAGCCCCUCCAGCUCGAAUAAUGGAGAGGCAGUCAAUGCACUCUGCAAGCGGCGGCCCAUUGUACGCAGCUGAUGGAGAGGAAGCGACUGGGGCCGGCAGGGGCUCCUUGCCCUCACCCCUCUCCCCAAAUAAACGCGCUCACCUCUCCUGGUCAGUUAAAAGGUGAAACGAACAUGAUUAAAAGACCAAAAAAAAAAAAAAAAAGGAAAAGAACAAGAACAAGCUUUCUAUAUACAAAUUCUAAAUUUUACUCCCAAUACGGUACGGAGGCAGGCAGUCGAGGGCAGAGGAAGCAGGCAGAGAGAGGGAGACAGGGAGAAGGAAAGAGAACGUGGAAAGAGACGGAGCGAGUGGAAGAGGAGGCGAGAGCGAGCGCCAGGGAACCGGAGGCCCGCUGGACGCCCGGUCCGCGGGCCCAGCCACCCUCGGACCCUGGACCGUCAGUCAUGGGCACCAGAAGCGAGAUUCGGCCGAGUCCUGCCCCACCAGGUGGCAGUGGACCUACACCACAGGUUGUAGCAAAUGUUCUCAACAUUUCUAUUGAAAGCUUUAUCUCUGCUUGCAAGAGGAGCCCCAGAGCCUCAUCCCUGUGGGAGCGACUGUCCUCUGAUAUAAGCGUUGUUCACCAGGGAGCUUUGGCAAGAGAACUGGCUAGAUCAGCAAGUCCAUCUCCACUGUGAAAAAGCAACUUGAAGCUCAUCUCUAUUGACGAUGUACUGUCUAUAGGACGGGGUUAGACUGAGUACUCCCUGCUUCACUGAAUACCUGCUUCAAAUCACCUUUCACAUUUUCUUGUUGGAAAGACAACCAUUGGAGAAUUAUCUUGUUACCGUCAGCAAAAAUGGAAACAGAUCAAAACAUUAAGAAUGCCACGGCGGCCAGCAGUUAAUGAUGCCAGUGUUAUGCAAGCUUCAGCAAAGGAAGUUUUCAAGACAGUGUGCCUCACUAGCCAGAAAUCAGAGAUCAAACCUAUUCUUUUUGUCUCAGCUGCUCCUUAAAUCAGUGCAACCCCUCCAAAUUAAUGUGAACUGAAAUGUGCAUGGCCUUUUCAACUUAACUGAGUACUUACUAUGUGUGAAUCACUGAACAAAAGAGAGGAGAGAAAAUGAGGGAGACAAAUAAGUUGUGGUUCCUGUGUUCAAUGUAUUUACAAUUAGUUUUAGGGCACAUUUGUUUUUUUGUCUUCUGCUCUUAAUUAAAUGUGUCCCUAAGACAGGAAACAAAUGAAUGGAAAAGUGUAUUCAGUAAGUAUUCCUUUUAAUAAAAAACAAAACAAGACAAAAAAACCUCCUAAUGUGGGCAACUCAGGACGUCUUAAUUCCUUUUUUUUUGGACUUCCAAUAGGUAGGGUUCAUUUUAUUGAUUCCAUAUUCAAUAGACUUUAGAGAUAUUAACACAUUAUAGUUGGAGUUAAUUUGACUUAAAUCUUUUUUCCCACUUAGGUGUAGUUGGCUGUUGCAAAAAUAUUUUGUGUUUGUACAUUUCUUGAGGAGUGGGGAGGCAAAUUACAUCUGUUGUCUGUAUAGGCCCUACCUUCCAUGCCCUGGGGGCCUGCCAUUCUGGGUGAGUUAUUAGCAUGGAGAAGGGGAAGAUUUGGAUCAAUCUUGGGGGUAUUGCUUGUGGACCCAAGAGAGGACAGGGAAGGAGCCAAACAGACCUGGGUAAUGGCUCUGUGUGAACAUUUGGCUAACUAUGUCAGUGUUGACUGUGUUGUCCUCUGUGUUCCAUAAGUUGAAUGACUAUACAAUUUUUCUGAAAAAUUAUUUCUGGUCUGAGAAUAAGUACAGGUCAUGAUUUUUUCAGUGUUGACACUAACAUGACUGUAGACACUAGACAUUUUAUGUAGUGUCUGUGACACAUUUUAGUAUGUAUGAGCCAACCAAAAACAUAUCUUUGUCUUGAGUAGUGUCCAUCUGAAUUGAAAAUGUGCCAGCGUUUUUUUCAGCAUCAUCAACAGACUUCUUAAUUAAGCUGCCAAUACAUACUGCCAAUAGCACUGUGUGCCAUUUGAGAAAUGAAUUGUGUAAGUACUG